AUGGGUGUUCUCGAAGCGAGGCGACCUCCUCAACCCGAUGUAACAAAGAUCCCUACACCGCCGUUGCAGGCGGCAGCACUGUUCAUCACCUUCUUCUUUCCGGUGCUGGCAACAGUAGCAGUCUCCCUCAGACUAGCUGCUAGAAGGAUGAUGCGGCAGCUUGCAAUUGAUGACUGGUUGCUCCUUUCAGCCCUGGCUUUUGAUCUGGCCAUGGUGGUCCCUUUCUACUUUUAUAUAAAGUUGAAUUAUUGGGGCUGGAGAGCAGUCAACGUACCGGAAUUCGACUCAGCGCCAGGGAGUUGGUGGUUUUAUCUCGGCCAGAUCUUCUACAAUCCUGUGCUCGCCCUAGUCAAAUCAUCAGUCUUGCUCUUCUUAUUACGACUCGGUGGUCAUCAGCGACGCGUCAGGUGGUUCAUCUACGGUCUAUUAGCUUUCAACGUUCUACAGGCCAUUGCUGUCUUUUUCGUUGCUAUAUUCCAAUGCAUCCCCAUCUCAGCCAACUGGGACUUGGAGGUGAGGGCUACUGCUACAUGCAUUGAGCCCUCUUUCCACGUCAUCAUUUCUAGUAUCACUAUUUUGACCGACCUUCUCGUUUUGAUCAUACCCUUCUGGAUCUUCUUGGGCUUGAACCUCCCCGUGGCAGCAAGAAUUGCCGUUAUCGGUGCCUUCGUAACCGGCCUUGCAGUCACAAUCAUUGGCGCAGUGCGAUUAUCUAAUGUAUAUAAGCUUUUCUACGUCCCACCAGCCCCCAACGCCGACCCAUAUUAUGAUAUCGGUAUUACACUUAACGGAAUUGAAACCAAUCUAGCGAUUAUUUCAGGAUCUGUUCCAGCUCUGCGACCAAUCUUCCGAAAGUGGUUCCCGAAAUUGUUCGGUGGCAGUACGGAUAAAUACAGCAAUACGCCCUACGGAUAUAACUCGGGUCGCCAUCACGGCGCGGGCACCGGCAAACGUAGUGCUUUAAGAAGCGGAAAUGACAGUGGCCUAGCUCACGGCCACGGUGGGAUAGGACUCAACACCCUCCGUUCCGACAGAGGCGCGCUUACCGAGAUAAGGAGCGCGAGCCCAUCGGGAAGCGAAGAGGAAAUCAUGACGUCAAACGGCAUUAUGCGAACGACAGACGUUCGAGUACAAUACUCGUCCGAAACUGCGUCGAAUAUAGCCCCUUCACGGACGUCGAGCGACUACAAAUUAUAA